ACCACAAGAUGAUGAAGUGCCACAUCACAACAUUACUUUGAGACCUGUCACCAAGACCACCAAAACUGAAAAUGCUGGAACAGGAGAGAUGAGUACUCCUUUCACUAAGGCCUAGAAUUGCCUGUUGAACAACAGUCCUGAUCAGGCAAUAUACGAAUGGCCCAAGGAAGCCACCAAAUAGAUUUUCAGGUUUUACAUGACCUGCGACAAAAAUUUCCGGAGGUACCUGAAGUUGUUGUGUCCAGAUGCAUGUUACAGGCACCUUCAUGCCUUCUUCCAUGUCUCCCAUUAUCCCUGGAACGCCCAGCCCAAGCUAAAUAAUAAUAACUUGGAUGCCUGUUGUGCAGUUCUGUCUCAGGAGAGCACGAAGUAUCUCUACGGUGAAGGAGACCUAGGUUUUUCGGAUGAUUCUGGGAUUCCUGGACUACGAAAUCACAUGACAUCUCUUAACUUGGAUUUGCAGUCACAGAAUGUGUAUCAUCAUGGACGAGAAGGAAGUAGAAUGAAUGGAAGUAGGACUUUAACUCACAGCAUUAGUGAUGGACAUCUUCAAGGCAGUCAGCCCAAUAGCGAACUGUUUCAGCAGGAACCACAGACAGCACCAGCUCAAGUUCCACAGGGAUUUAAUGUCUUUGGAAUGGCUAAUACAGUUAGUACUUCUAAUCCAGGACAACACCUGGGAUUUCACAUAGGCAGCAAAGGAGCAUCUAGCCUCUCUCAGCAAACACCCAGAUUCAACCCCAUUAUGGUAACUUUAGCCCCAAAUAUUCAGCCUGGUCGCAAUACCCCUACGUCUUUGCACAUACAUGGUGUACCUCCACCUGUACUUAAUAGUCCACAGGGAAAUUCUAUCUAUAUUAGGCCUUAUAUUACAACUCCAAGUGGUACAGCUCGACAGACACAGCAGCAUCCAGGUUGGGUGUCUCAAUUUAAUCCCAUGCAUCCUCAGCAAGUCUACCAGCCUUCACAACCAAGUCCCUGGACUACUCUUCCUACAUCCAGUCCUCUACCACAUACCUCAUCACAACAGUCAUCACAGCCAAACCAACAAGGCCACCAAACUUCUCAUGUCUAUAUGCCUAUCAGUUCACCCACUACUCCACAAGCACCCAUGAUUCAUUCAUCUGGUAGCUCACAAUCUGCUACCCAUAGCCAAUAUAACAUUCAAAAUAUCUCAACAGGACCUCGCAAAAACCAAAUUGAAAUCAAACUUGAACCACCACAAAGAAACAAUUCUUCAAAGCUGCGUUCAUCUGGUCCUCGCACUUCCACUAAUCCUUCUUCCCUCAACAGCCAGACAUUAAGUAGAAGUCAGCCCACUGUUUACAUAGCUGCCAGUCCACCAAAUACUGAUGAAGUGAUCACACGCAAUCAACCUAAGGUCUAUAUUUCAGCAAAUGCCACAACAGGAGAUGAGCAAAUUGUGCGGAACCAACCAACACUCUUCAUAUCAACAAAUCCUGGUGUAACUACCACCUCUAGGAAUAUGUCUGGUCAAGUAAGCAUGGGUCCUGCAUUUAUUCAUCACCAUCCACCCAAGAGUCGAGCAGUGGGCAACAACACCACUGCAACCUCUCCUCGAGUGGUGGUCACACAGCCUAACACAAAAUAUACUUUUAAAAUUACAGUUUCUCCAAAUAAACCCCCUGCAGUUUCACCAGGGGUAGUAUCCCCCACCUUUGAACCUACAAAUCUUCUAAACCUUCCUGAUCACUAUGCAGAACCAGAGGGUAUCCAGCAUCUUACUGACCCUGUUUUAGCACAUGUGGAUAGGAUCAGUGAUGCACGGAAAUUGAGUGUGGGAUCUGAUGAUGCUGCCUACACACAAGCUUUACUGGUACACCAGAAAGCCAGGAUGGAGCGACUUCAACGUGAACUCGAGAUUCAAAAGAAAAAGUUAGAUAAACUAAAAUCAGAAGUCAAUGAAAUGGAGAAUAAUCUGACACGAAGGCGCCUGAAGAGAUCGAAUUCUGUUUCCCAAAUUCCUUCACUGGAAGAAAUGCAACAGUUGCGAAGUUGUAACAGACAGCUGCAGAUAGACAUAGAUUGCCUAACCAAAGAGAUUGAUCUUUUUCAAGCAAGAGGACCACAUUUUAAUCCCAGCGCUAUUCAUAAUUUUUAUGACAAUAUUGGAUUUCUAGGUCCUGUGCCACCAAAACCCAAAGAUCAAAGGUCCAUUGUCAAAACACCAAAGACUGUUCCAGACACAGACGAAGACGAGGGAGCUCAGUGGAAUUGUACUGCCUGUACUUUUUUAAAUCAUCCAGCCUUAAACCGUUGUGAACAAUGUGAAAUGCCCAGGCAUUUCUAA